CGAUGUCUGGUUCCCGCUGGUAGUAGCUACUCUGGGUGCCGUCAUUGCUGCAAAAUCCUUGUUUAUCCCUGGCGGUAUGCGUGCUGUGGAAUUACCCCUUGUGAACUGCAUACAGUGCUGAGCGAUGUAAGCGGUAAAGUUGGAAGCGUCAUGUAUUGUCUCAUUCCCGUUCUGCGAAGAACGGGUGUCGUCGCUGCGCUUACUUCGAAGCGUCUUUUUCAGCUUGCUGAUGCCCGGGAUUCUUAUAUACAGACAAAUGGUACAAUUUCGACCAUGGGUAACUUGACAUCGACCUUCGCAGCCGUAGGUCUUGUCUUAUGA